CGUCAAGAAUGCAAUCUUUUCGAUCUUUCAGAAAAUUUUAAUCUGUGCAAAGCAGCAAAAUUUUACUUGAGUCGUCGCUAGUCACGAAUUAAUAAAAUUUAUCGCGUUUGUGAGAUAGCAGUAAAAUAGAAAAAAUUGGACUUGUGUUAAUGGUUUCGGUCGAAGAAAAUAAACCGUUUAAUCACUAAGGAGUGUCAUGCGUUUGAAAAAAUAAAAUGUGAGGACAGAAUUCACCCGCCCAUAUAAAACAAUUGGAAAGAGGAACGGCAGCGGUGAUGUCAUUUUGAACGUUUUAUUAGCAGCUGACACCUAUGUGAGUUGGUGUGUUUCUAUGUUGCAUACUGCAUACAGUCGAUUGAACCUGUUUCGGUGUUUACCGAAUUCACUGGAUUGAGAACCAGUACGUAACAAAUUCAGUGGUGCAUGAUUAAAGUGAAAGGUUGAUGAUUGAUUUCGUAGCAUGGCUGAGGCGAUCAUCUCCGACUGGAUUUCGGACUACAACGCCAUGCAGGAUUCCGAGCUGCGAACUUUCGCUGCACAACACGAGAAUGAUUUCGAGAUAUCCAAGGCACUGUAUACCAUCCUGAACGAACGAGUCAAAUAUAAAGAUCUUAUUUACCCAAUCUGCAAUCAGUUGUGCAAUAUCUACCGAUCAAACGAAAUUGAACUGCGGCGAUUUACGUUACAGUUUGUGCCGCUACUCAUCUAUCUGUAUUUGACGUCGGUAGCACAGGGCGACAAGCGAGGCUGUCGACCGAUAGAAACGCUGUUAAUUUGUAUUUACAACGUUGAAGUUAGCUCGGAUGAUGGCAGCCCUAAGGUGGUUUCUUUUCGGAUGCCGGUCCUGGCACACGCAUCCAUGUAUCAUGAGGAGAAAAGUCUUCAUCCCAUCGAUUUGCGCCGCUGGGAAGAAAAUAGCAAUAAGGAAGUCAGCUGGGGACCGCUUCCAUCGGUAGAAACAUUGAAUGCACAGAAUCGACUGAAAGUGAUGACCGCCUUGCUGUUCACCUACAAUCAGCAGCUCAACCAGAUCCACAAACCGGCUUUGUAUCAUUUGUGCAAAACAACCUCGCAGUUGGUUAACCAAGGCUUCUCGAAACCAGGUCACGUGCACCGUGCGUCUUACGGAAAUGAUUCAACGUCCCCACAGCAGAACAAUGCCACAAAUUCCCCCGGUUCCCAGGUGCAAAAUUCGCUGUCUAGCAGCGUGAACAGGCCGCUUCCAAGAAUAGCCGUUAACUCUCAGUUUCUGGUAGAACUAGCUCACGCCAAUUAUUUUGCCAUGUUCAACGAAUUCGCUUCUGCCGCCAUCGAGGCCGUCAACGAUCUGCAUAAUCGGGCUUGCUAUGAAAUGUUACCCGAAGUGAUAUUGGUAACGAAUUCAAUACGGAACUCUUUGCACGCGAACCCCUCCGGUCAACCAAGCGACGGUCCAAUGGGCAUCAGUGUGGCCCUAACGCCAGCGACAGCCACGGUAACGGUGUCCAAAUCCAUGAUAACGAAUGCAUCGUUCCGAACGAAAAAGCUACCAGACGAUCUGGAAGUAGAGUUUGUCAAAAGUCUUCAGUCGACGCAGCAAGAAAUGAUGGGCAAACUGGCGGCUAUCGAAGCGAUGGAAACCGGAUCGGCGGUGGGCGUCAAUGGUGUAGUGAUCGGUCUAGUGGAGGAGGCUUCCAGUAGCAGUCCCAGGCCAGAAGCGAAGAAGAAGGAGUCACGCAUAUGGAAAAAUUGGGGCUGGAAGACAAAUGCCCCCGCGAGCAACACACCAAAACAGGCCAGCAUUGAAGAGGAGGGAGAUUCUCCGAAAAAAUCAGCUUCUUCGAAGCAUUCGAGUCCAGCGGAGUCACCAAAGCAUAAGUGGGCCGGACCAAAGGUGGAAGAACAAUUCAAUUCGAAUGGCAUAUCACCGGCUUCUUUGCGCAGGAAAAAGUUUCUUACAAGCAAAAAUCAGUCCCCAAUUGACCGGUCAGAAGCGCGAGCUAGCGCUGGAGCCCGAUUGUACGAAGAAUUUGAUAGUUUGCAGGAUUCUGACGAUGAGCUGCAGGCGCUUAUUGUAAAUGGUCGCCCUGCUACUAUCCACCUGAUACAGCCUUCUACAAUACCCGACGAUAUUCCCAUCCAGGGUCUCAAGGAGGAGAAUGGCCAACUCAGCAGUAUUAACGAGGAGAAUGAGGCUGGCGACGGAUCCAAAAGUGCGACCGGCACUGGAGCUGGCCCUGGCGGUGGUGGUGGUAAAGUAAAAGACUCCAAAACUCAUAAGGUGCUGGUUGGGUUCAAAAAGUUGAAGGAUAAAGAUAAGGAGAAAGAUGACAGCAGCGGUGGAACAGGUGGAGCGGUAGGAAGUGGUAAGCCAAGUGGGGUGCUGGGUGCUGUAGGGGUGAAGAAGGCUUCCGGCGUUAAAGAGAAACUGGUCGGAAAACAGUCGUUGCAGAUGCAAACCGGCAGCGGGGAACUGGUCGAGCCCGAUAGAACCAGCCCACUGACUAUGGCGAAACGUAAAAGUAGUAGCAUUGAUAUUAUGAUUGGAGGCGGUGGUGAAGUGAUUAGUUCCAAGCAAUCGGCAUCACUCUCGAACGGGGGUGUUCUCAUCGGUACUGGUGCGUCGACGGGUGGAGGUGGAUCUGGUGAUGACAAAGUGUUGCUGGAAAGUUUGGGCCCUGCAGAACGGAACGGAGGCAGCAAGCCGCUGGAAGUGGGUGAGUCCUUCGAUUCUGGCAGUGAGUUGAUCAUCAAUAACAAUAAUUCGGAGAAACCAGUGCUGGAUGUGAAGACGCAUAGCAGUAUACAAGUUAGUCAAGUUUAAGUAUCAGUUGCCCUGUAAAUUUUUGUGAGUUUUACAUUAUAUCUGUAGUUCGCUUUUUGGCAGUAUCCUUUUUAUACUUAGUGUGGGGGUUAGAAAAAACGCAUAUGAUUAUUGCGGGAGGUAUUAUUGGUUAUUGUUUUUCAUUUAUUUUAACAUUUCGGACCUACAAAGUCGCUUCGAAAGCCGGUGUUUAGCUUUAACGUGUUUUAUAUGAGUAGUUUAACUUCACGAUAUGAUGCAUGGUUUUCUCAGUCAACAAUCAACAAUUCGGAAAGUAACAUUAGAUUAGUUUACAGCUGUACCCAAUUAUGAGACUAGUUUCCAAAAACUGAAUAGAAAAACAAACUGUAUCGUCCGAAUUUAGAUUUAUCUCACAUUGUAUUUCGAAUUGCGAUAAUUAUGUUAUCUUUUGUGUAAAAUAAACGUUAAUUACUGAUUUAUGGAUCAGCUAAACUCCUAUCGCUAAGUUACAGGACAAUUAGUACUGAGCUCAAGGUUCGGAUUUCGGUGCAUUACUUUUUACUUCAUAAUCUGAUAGCAUAGCUCAUUCCUCGUUUUGAUCCUAAAUAUAUGGUUUUGGUUAUGUUUUUGUUUUGUUCCGUUCGUUAAACUAAAUGUUAAAUAUUAUUUCCUAGUUUAUUGUCGUGGUUUUGGUCAAUUCGAAUCGAAAAAGCUUACUUGUCAGCGUCGCGUUCGGGACCUCAAAAUAUUUCCUUCGAUCUCUCGAAAACAACUUCAAAAGUUGAAUCUAUACCAUGUCUCCACUUGUCUUUCACAAUUCAUUUAACAAUCACCAAAACCAUCCAUAGCAGGGGCACUGUAUGUUCAGACUGAUAUCGGUAACGACGUCGGUCAUUAUUAUCAAGCUAUUCGUAUUUGAAACGGAAAUGGGACGUUAGAUUUUAUUUUGAAACUUGCUUUCGCCUAUGGUUUUUAUGCAUAAUCGGCAUUUACUGUAAUGUCAGCUUGAAUGGUUGAAAAAAAAAUCUUUUGUUUUGAUACUCGGUGUUUGAACCUAAAAAAUAUUGUUUGACAUAGUUGUCAAACAGAAUAAAUUUGCUAUAAUUUGGGUCAAAAAUAUCGAACAACAAUUAAAAAGGGUUUCAGUUUUAACUCCACACUGAAGUAAUUCUCGCUGGAACUGAUCCACUCAUCCAAAGUUUAUCAAAAUUAAGCACACUGAUUGAGAAUAAUAAGAAGUGUUAUUAAAAUUUUUUUUCUAUAUGCAAAUAGGUAGUGGAAUAGAUUUCGAGAUAACACCAGAUCUCGACGUUUCAUACGUAUCUAAAAUAUUCGGCAUAAAAAAGGGCGAUUUAAACAAUUUUAUGAGCUACACCUGUGUUUUUUUUCAACGGUCAAAAACUUCUUGAAGUCUGCUGCACCUUUCGGCGACCGUCACUUUUCACUGUGACAUUGUGCAACAAGUGGUCCGACUUCAGCGAGAAUUGCGUUUUGAUGAAUCUCUAUGUUCAACUGCUACUCUUCAUUUGUUUUUAAUUUCAUUGCAAACAUGCAUUUGCACAGUUAAAAAUGUUAGUAUAAUAAUGAAGUUCAAAAGCUUCUUUUUAAAUUAACCUAUUUGGCCCAACCAACGCAGUCAACACGAAUUAACGCAAAUUUUGCUAGUGUAAUGCGAUUAGAAUGCUUUAUAGUUAGUUUUGCCGCAGUUGGCUAAUGACCGACAGACCCAUUUGCUGAGUUCGUAAAACGUGCUUGCUGUGUCCACCGGAAUGAAAUAAAUACCCCCGUUGAUAAUGAACUAGCUAUAACAAAAUGACAACCUGACUAAUCUUCUCUCACCAUUAGCUCUGGCGAAUCUGAAAAUCAACACACAGCAGCGUUUGCGUGUAUCGAAUGGAAAUUCACGGAAUAUCAUACGGACCGUUACGUUAUGUCAUGAUGAUAUAUUAAUUCUCGGUUUGUACUGACUGUUGCUAGUCAGUCCAUCUACUUAGUCAGGGAUCACGCUUAUGUUCGGUUACGAGUUCUCGCCAAUGACACAGCAAGUUUGCUUUCCUCGCGUGCCACUUCACCGGUUGUUUGGCAUCAUUCUACCUAUCAGUGUUUUCAUUCGUCCCAAUUCGCCACAAAUCUUGCACAUACGUCUAUCCGCAGAUUCAAUUAUGGGUAGGCGAGAAUAACAUUCAUUUCUGUUUGUUGAUGAUAUUCGUUAUCAUUUUGUCAGUUCACGUGUUUAAACUUCUCGAUGUCGUCCAUAUAGCUAAGCGUACGUUAGUCUGAAAGCACUGUUUUCACUUCAAUGAAGCAAUACAGAUUUAAUCUUCUUAUAGUAAGAAUUCAGUUGCCAAAUGUUAUAAGAACAAUGUUUAUAUGUGUCACUACGGAAUAUAUCGAUUCGAGGUCCUAAUUAGUUAGGAUGUGAAGAUUUUCCCAUCUCGUUAGAAGACUUAUCAACAUGUAAUCACCAAUUGAGAAAUAUAAUUCUGAACGAAACAGCAAAACUGAACAACAAAUCUAUUUGCUAGAGCGUAAGCAUAAGAUGUGAAACAAAAUUGUCAAAGCUUAGCGCCGUGCGAAUCCGUUAGUAGGGAAACCCAGUGCUAGGCAGAAAUAAGCAUAUUCCACCGUUGAAGAGUUAUUAUUGAUGAAUGUGACUGUUACUUGCAUUACAUAUUCAUAUUCUACAUAACAGAAUCAACCAUAACCAAAUAUUCGAACACAACCACACUGAACAUACACACGUACACGGCAUAGUUAUUCGAACAUGAAUGCUAAUUCAAUAGCCGAAACAAUGCAUUAUAUAGUCGGCCAACAAUUAAACCAUAAAUAUUGCAAAAUUUAAACCCCAACCAAGGCAAACAGAAUACGAGUAAGUUUGACUGUAAUAUUUUACUUUCGGUGUAAAUACUUAACGUUCACGAAAAACGGGGGGAUGAGCGCGGAUUUGGUGUGUGAUUGAGCAAAAAGACAAUGCGAAGAAGUAAGGCAAAAAAUAAACCGGUUAUGGAUACUUUAUUAGGGAAGUUUUCGAAAUGUGAAGAUCAAUGAAUCGUUGAAUACCACAAAGGAUGAUACUACCUACCUAUUAUUAUAUUUCACGGAAAGCAAAUUAAAAAUGUGUACAAUUAUAUAUGAAAGAGAAAAUAUAUUGCAGAGAUAAAAAAAUAUAUAUCACCGUUACGAAAAAGCA